GGCAGGUGAAGUGGACCGAACCGGACCUCUCUUGUCAUAAGUCAUGGAAGUCGCGGACCCUCUUCAAGACAUCAUCUCUCUAUAGGCAAUUGCCUAGCUAUAUUCCAUAAACCAAUAACCACAUAACCUCGCAACCACAAAUCCACAACAACAAUGUCCAUCAGCAUCCAGCAUCUACACGUCCACACAUGACAAGGCGAGCCCACAUAUAUAUUCGUAAUGAAUAUGUAUUGCUCGAGUCGAGCGCUCCGACACUCGUGAACGCCUCGCUGCUUCUUGUACAUGUCUGAUUGGAAGCUCGGCAUCCUCAUACAACCCAGGCUCGGAGCCACCGGCCGACCCUCGAUACCCAAGCCAUGGCUUCGCCCGGCGCGACCGCUGUUCCGGCACCCACCACCUUCGAGAAUACCAGCGUCUGGCACAAUCUCACGUCCUGGACCGUGCAGCAUCUGAGGGAUUCCGUCAGCAACGUCACGAGAUACGCCCCGUCGCUCGAGGACCUCAUUCUGGCCGGCCCUAGGAUGCUCACCAAGCUUGGCAUCCUCUCCUUUCCCGACCCCGUCGAUAGCUUCGGACAGCGCGUCAUAGCCGACCCAACCGCUUCCGACUACUUUCUGUCCACUUCCACAUCCAGGAUGCUCACUCAAGUCUCCGAGGUGGCAGCCAAUGCUGCUGCUAACGCUGCCAACAUGCUCGACGGCGACGACCAAGACCCCGCUGCCCUGGUAUCCAAGUUCUCGACCGAGGGCGCUAAAGGCAUCGGGAGCGUCUUCAGCUAUGCCACGAGCAAGUGGGCGCUCUGCUGCGUGGCCAUGGCUAUCAUCCUCAACCGCACCCACAUAUUUGCCGCCUCGCGGAGGAGGCUGCGUUUGACGUGGACCGUCCGACUCUUCCUCCGCAUACUGCCCAUCGUGCUCUUUAUGUACCAGGCCCGCCAGCUUCUACAGUCCAUCCAAUGCCAGACCUCGCCCGACUUCGCCGAGCUACGCUGGGGCAACGCGAGCAAAACAUCGGAACUUAUGUUCGCCCAACCCUCUGUCUUUCUACACAGUCUCAGUUCGACUCUACUCUUAGGAGCCACCGACUACGACAGCUGCCGCGCUAUCGAUAUGAUUCCCCCGAGCAACCAUAGAUUUCCCGCCGAACUCCGGGGCUCGUUGUCUCAGCUGUGGCCCCUCUUUGGGACCCUAUGCCUCAGCCAUUUCCUAGAAACGAUCUCGUGCGCGGUGCAAGGACGUCCUGUGGCCGUCGAAACGGGCAUGACACUCUUCGAACACUCGCUAGCCUUCGCCGAGGCAGACGCGGCCAUUGGCAACCAGCUUGGUUGGGGCCUGUUUUCUAGCGGUAGCGCAAAUAUCACGUAUCAGCAUUCUUCUGGAACUAGCAUCGCCAUCUCGCGGUCCAUGAUCAUGAAACGGGUGAACACGCCGCCCGAGGUCCUCUUAGUAGCCUUCUUCUCCGCCAUGAGCCAUAUCACCAGCCACGUCCUAGGAGUAUUCGACUUGCAGAGCAGAUAUAGGCUGGCUAGCACGGGCUUCUGGGCGAUGUGUUUCAUGGGAAGCAUAGUCCUAGAAGCCCUGGACUUUUCCCUUGAUAAUCCAUCAAGCAUGGGGCUUUUUAGAUUUCCCACGGUCUGUAUCAUAGGUUUCAUCCCCCACGUGAUGGUACUUGCAGGUACUCUUGUCUGCUUUACCAUCUACGCGAUCGCGCUAGUUCUCUCUGCCUUGGACCCUCCGGACAGGCAGACUGCUGUCGGGCGGCCAUUAUCGUUUCGAGAACGACUGGCGAACGCGCAUGAAAACAUGCAAGCCAACAUUUCUCUCUCCGAUAUCCACGUCUCCCGAGACAUGGACUUCUAUACUGCCCUGCUCAGAACGGGCUUCGGUGUCAUAACGAUGGCAAGCGAGGCUGUUUACCUAAACGAAGACCGAGGCGUGAACGUGAAAAGCCGCACGUGGCUCGAAGAGGAUCGACUGAGAGAGCUCGAGUCUCUACGAAUGCAGUGGGCGAGCUCGGGAAUGAGUGCCUCGCGCUACGAUUCCAUCGGAACUAUUGGGCUGGUGCCUAUCAAAGACGGCCAGCUCGGAGCAUCGAGCGGAUACGCGCGAGAGCGGGCAGCACAGAAGGUGCCCAAAUCACGCAUCGGAGAAAAGCGCGCUAGGGACGGAGUUGGGGCUACCGAACGUAGCUCGCGUUGGCUCCUCGCGCUGGAAUUCCUCAUGAAUAUUAAUCGACUCUUAUUGCGAUGGACCGCGGUACUAGUGUUGAAAGGGCUCGCGCGUCUCGGAAUCAGGACCCGGCCCCGCUUUCUCCUCUGGCUCUCCCGCUUGUCCAAGCAGGAUAAGAAAGACGAGAGCCAACCUAGCCGGGAGGGACGAUCGUUGGUUGGCCGAUCCGGGAGAAACAGCAGGCUCUAUAACGAUGAGACUGCUGAUGUAGAGGCCGAGGUACGAAACCGUCUUAAGGCAUCACCCGAAACCGCAAACCUGCCGGACGAAGAAAUAGACUCGACAUUAUACUCGUCCUGGAAGCAUGGCGAGUUAUGGGGUUCCACAGAUACCAGUGGCGACUGGCAGCCGAGCGAAGACGACGAAGAUUCGGACGCGACGAGCGUCGUACAUAGCAUUAUCGGGGAUGAUGAAGACGAGCAGAGUCAGUGGGAGGAUGAAGAUGAAAUUUUAGAUGACGGCCAGAAAACCCCCACACAACACGACCACCCACAGUUCUCGCGCGAGACGACACCCUUUGACCAGCCGCUGGCCCUUGACGAUCUAGCGAGGCUUCUCCAUCCGAGGAGCCCAGAAGAGCGUCGGGAAGCUCACGCUCUAGCCGCACAUCUAACUAGUGAUCAUAUCGUCACACGUUCUCAAUAUGCGCGCAUGCAGCACAACCAGCGCGGGCGCCUUCUGCUCCCGGCUAGCCGACAGCCCGGCGGUGGUAAGCUUACAGAUGAGGAUCAGGCGGAGCUCCUCGAGCACCUGAUCGUUACGCGGCGGACCGAGGCGACCCGCGAAAGGGAAAGGCAGGGUCGCGCCGAGGACGAGGACGUUGGCAGCGGCCCGCACUGCGUCGUAUGCCACUCGGCGCCGCGCAAGAUCAUCGUGUGGCCCUGCCGGUGCCUCAGCCUGUGCGACGAGUGUCGGGUGACGCUCGCUAUGAAUAAUUUUGACAAGUGCGUGUGCUGCCGCCGCGAGGUCGUCAGCUUUAGUCGUAUAUACGUGCCUUGAGGUGGCAUGGCCCAACCUCAAUUUUCUUUUUGUUAUCUGCGUAAAUCGCCGGGGGGGGGCCAAGGGGCGAGCGAGGAUGCGAUUAUGACGAGCACGACGACGAUGACGACGAGUGCCCGGGUGAUGGGAUAC